AUGGGCAAACGCAAGAAGAGCUCGCGCGGUCCUCAAGGCCCCAAGAAGCGCGACCCCCUCCCCACCUCCUUCAAGUGCGUCUUCUGCAACAGCGAAACCUCCGUCACGGUCAAGAUCGAUAAGAAAGCGGGCGUCGGAAACUUGAGCUGCAAGUCGUGUGGCCAGAACUACCAGUGUGGUGUCAACUAUCUCUCACAGCCUGUCGAUGUUUACGCCGACUGGGUCGAUGCCUGCGAAGCUGUCGCGAACGAGACCGCUGGAACCAGCAGCGCAGCCCCUGCCUCCUCUUACCGCCAGUCGCAGCCUCAAGUUUCGUCGCGAGCUGGCCUGGCGCCUGGUGAGAAGUACACCGCGGAAGAUGACGGAUUCAUAGAUGAUGAUGAGGCGGAUGGAGAGGCGGACUAUGCAGACGAAGAUUGA